UAAAGCUAGUCUUGCUAACGCUAGCAAAAUGGCAGCGUUCUUACAGUGGAGAAAAUUUGUCUUCUUUGAUAAAGACACGGUAAAGGACCCGGUGGACAAUGGCAAAAACUUUGCUGUUCCAAGCGGAAUAUCGGCUUGUGACUCCGGCCGGGGUCAUAUUGUUCUGGGAGAUAUGGACGGCAAGAUCUGGCUCAUGACGCGCUCCCUGCAGCUGACUUCUUUUCAGGCAUACAAGCUGCGUGUGACACAUCUCUACCAGCUGAAGCAGCACAGCAUUCUUGUGUCAGUGGGGCAGGAUGAACACGGAAUAAACCCUUUAGUAAAAGUGUGGAACCUUGACAAGAGGGACAGUGGAAAUCCUCUGUGCACAAGGAUUUUCCCUGCAAUUCCUGGCAACAAACCGACUGAAGUGUCUUGCCUCGGUGUGCAUGAAAACCUCAACUUCAUGGCUAUUGGCUUCACAGACGGCAGUGUGGUUUUGACCAAAGGUGACAUCACCAGAGAUCGUCACAGUAAAACUCUGACUCUGCAUGAGGGAAGCAGCCCGGUCACAGGCCUCGCUUUCCGCCAGGUGGCAAAGGUCACACAUCUGUUUGUCGCCACUUUGGAGAAAGUCCACUGCUACACUCUGUCCAUCAAGGAGUAUCCUAAAAUAGAGCUGGAUACACAUGGCUGUGCGCUGCGCUGCUCCUCCCUGGCAGACCCCUCCCAGGACUCCCAGUUCAUCGUGGCUGGUGAUGACUGUGUGUACCUGUACCAGCCUGACGAACGAGGGCCCUGCUUUGCCUUCGAUGGACACAAGCUGUUGGCCCACUGGCACCGCGGAUAUCUGUUUUUACUCAUCAGGGACACAAAGUCACCCAACAAGCCGGGGUUUGGCAGCAGGGAGAGCUCUCCAUCAGACAAACAGCUGCUGACUGUCUAUGACCUGGACAACAAGUUCAUCGCCUACAGUGCCUCUUUCGAUGACGUUAUUGAUGUGGUGGCAGAGUGGGGCUCCUUCUACAUCCUGACCAGAGAUGGAAACAUGUUUGUUCUUCAGGAGAAAGACACACAGACCAAACUGGAGAUGCUGUUUAAGAAGAACCUGUUUGUGAUGGCCAUAAAUCUGGCUAAAAGUCAGCACCUGGACAGUGACGGACUGUCGGAGAUCUUCAGGCAGUACGGUGAUCACCUUUACCUGAAGGGAGACCAUGACGGCGCCAUCCAGCAGUACAUUCGCACCAUUGGGAAACUGGAGCCAUCAUACGUCAUUAGGAAGUUCUUGGAUGCGCAGAGGAUCCAUAAUCUGACCGCAUAUCUGCAAGCCCUGCACAGGCAGUCACUCGCCAACGCAGACCACACCACACUGCUGCUCAACUGUUACACCAAGCUGAAGGACAGCUCCAAACUGGAAGAGUUCAUUAAGAGCAGUGAAGGCGAGGUCCAUUUUGAUGUUGAGAUCGCCAUCAAGGUUCUCCGGCAGGCCGGCUACCACAGCCACGCUGUUUUCUUGGCUGAGAAACACAUGCACCAUGAAUGGUACCUGAAGAUCCAGCUGGAAGACCUCAAGAACUAUCAGGAAGGGCUGCGUUACAUCGGACGUCUACCUUUCGAACAAGCUGAGAGCAACAUGAAGCGUUACGGCAAAACGCUGAUGCAUCACAUCCCUGAAGGCACCACACUGCUCCUGAAGGGUUUAUGCACCAACUACCAACCCAGCGGAGACACUGCAGAAAAAGACAGCCUAGGCAGGGGGCGGGCCAACAAGGCCAACUCCGAGGAAUUCAUCCCAAUUUUUGCCAACAACCCACGUGAGCUGAAAGCCUUCCUGGAGCACAUGAUUGAGGUGGACCCCCGCUCUCCCCAGGGUGUGUAUGACACACUGCUGGAGCUCCGGCUACAAGACUGGGCGCACGAACAGGACCCUGUGAGAAAAAAGGUCCUGCAGGAAGAAGCGGUGUCACUGUUGAAGGGUGAUAACACUGUGUUUGAUAAGGCUUUGGUCCUCUGCCAGAUGCACAACUUCAAAGAAGGCGUCCUCUACCUUUAUGAAAAGGGCAAACUGUACCAGCAGAUUAUGCACUACCACAUGCAGAAUGAAGAGUAUGGAAAAGUGGUCGAGGCCUGCAAGCGCUAUGGGGACCAGGAGGGAUGCCUCUGGGAGCAGGCCUUGGGAUACUUUGCCAGAAAAGAGGAGGACUGCAAGGCCUACAUCAGUGAGGUCCUCCAACACAUCGACCAAAACAACCUGAUGCCUCCAUUACUCGUGGUGCAAACGUUGGCGCACAACUCGACAGCAACUCUCUCCGUCAUCAAAGACUACCUCAUCAAUAAGCUGCAGAGGGAGAGCCAGCAGAUAGAGGACGACGAACGCAAAAUCAGCCAGUACCGCGAAGAGACGGCUCACUUGCGGUCCGAGAUCCAGGAGCUCAAAACCAGUGCAAAGAUAUUCCAAAAGACCAAGUGCAACAUGUGCAACAGCCCCCUGGAGCUGCCGUCGGUUCAUUUCCUGUGCAGCCACUCCUUUCACCAGCACUGCUUUGAAAGCUAUGCCGAGAGCGAGGCAGAGUGCCCGACUUGCACUCCAGAGAACCGCAAAGUCAUGGACAUGCUGCGCGCCCAGGACCAGAAACGGGAUCUGCACGACCACUUCAACAGACAGUUACGCAGCUCUAAUGAUGGUUUCUCCGUCGUGGCCGACUACUUUGGUCGAGGAGUGUUUAAUAAACUGACUCUGGUCACCGACCCACCUGGCAGCAAAACUGUCGGGAGUCUGGAAGUCAACCUGCAGAGAGACCUGCUCAUCCACACAAAGAGAAACUGCUAAAAACCUCAGCUUCCCAUUAUGGUACAGGCACUUUCAGUACGUUUACAUGCGCAGUUUAGUCCAGCUACAGUUAAAGCUUGAUUUAAGACAUUUUACUGGACUGCUGUUCUCGUCCCAGUAUAUAAGCACCGAGGGAGAAUCCAUUUAUUGAUGAAGUAUGUCUGACUCCUCCACGGCAGGUAGAGAUUUGCCUCUUUCAGCUAGUUGCUAUAAACCUACUGUAUAUUAUUUAUACAGUGAUGAAGACCCAAUCACAAUCAUAACCGUUUAUUCAGAAUAAUUGUGGGGUAGAAAACUGCCAUGUCAUGUACAUAUAAUCAACCAGCGCUGCUGUCCUACCGCUGCCUCCAUCAGCUGUUGUGGAAGCUCAAGAGGAGACAAUAUUCAAAUGUAGUGUGCAUUUAAACUGAUAUUGAUUCCUUUAAGGUGGCUAAAAUUUGUUAAGCUUUGAUCGCGUCUGCAGCAGGACAUUGCUUAGCUUCCAUGCCAGACUGUUCUUUAUUUAUCAGAGGAGGGGGGUGGCUGGGGUGUGACUUUUUUAAUUUAAAAUGAAUUUUAAAUUUUUUUUUUUUAAUUAUAUCUCUCUCAUCUAAGCCAAAAUUGAAAACACAAGUCCUUCUUCAGUGCUUAUAUAUUUUUUAAAUGCCUAACUGAAUGCCUAACGAACAGUCCCUAUCUGUAAACACCAAAGGAGGCUGGUGGGGGGAGCGUGUACAGAAUGCCACUUAAAGUCCGACUGAGGUGUUAACAUGAAAACCUCCAGCUCAACUUCCAACCGAAUUAUCUUGGUGUGUUAGUCCGAUUUUCAAGAUAUUCGAUUUAGUCCAGUUUUAUUAUGACAAAAAUUGGACUUUUUCUAACAUCACGUAAACGUACUAAUUGUGUCCAGCAGCUUCACAUCAACGCAGCUCUAAACCACACGCUUGGCUGCAUUGGACGCUACUUCAUCCAGCAGUGAACGCCUGCUUUCAGUACCUGUCAUGGACCUGUUUGCUCAAUUGUGUAUCUAGUGAUGAUUCACUAGAGACUGUAUAAAUGCACUGUAGCUCAAAACAACUCAUACUGUGUCUUAAAACCUUGCUGAAAUACACCUUGAAGAAUUUAGCUUCAACGUGUUUGCUCGUUCUAAUUAGUAAUCUUGCACAGAACACAAAAAUAGCUCAACAUUAAUAAAAAUUAUUUGUUGUAUGUCACUCUAACUUGUGGAUUAAAUAAGUGAAUAAAGGCAAUUCAGCAUUUUCUCUGA